AUGGCGACUGAAAACUCUGCAAACCCCUCGCGAGCUGAAGAACUCAAACUCCUCGCCAAUGAGGCUUUUAAAGCGCAUAAAUAUUCUCAGGCUGUUGAUUUGUAUACCCAAGCGAUAGAGCUGAAUGAGGAUAAUGCGGUGUACUGGGCUAACCGUGCAUUUGCACACACUAAAUUGGAGGAGUAUGGAAGUGCUAUACAGGAUGCCACAAGGGCUAUCGAAAUCGAUCCAAAAUACUCCAAGGGUUAUUACAGACGUGGUGCUGCAUAUUUGGGAAUGGGCAAGUUUAAAGACGCUCUUAAGGAUUUUCAACAGGUCAAAAGAAUAUGUCCAAAUGAUCCUGAUGCCGCCAAGAAAUUGAAGGAAUGUGAGAAAGCGGUGAUGAAACUAAAAUUUGAAGAGGCCAUAUCUGUUCCUGAAUCUGAAAAACAUUCUGUGGCCGACUCUAUAGAUUACCACACUAUAGAUGUGGAGCCGCAGUAUUCUGGUGCAAGAAUAGAGGGGGAUAAUGUAACUUUGGAAUUUGUGAAGCAAAUGAUGGACGACUUCAAGAAACAAAAGUGUUUACAUAAAAGAUAUGCAUACCAGAUUGUGUUGCAGAUGAGAGAUUUGUUGCGAGAAUUGCCAUCUCUUGUUGAUAUUACCGUUCCUGCUGGGAAGCACUUCACUGUUUGUGGUGAUGUGCAUGGUCAGUUUUAUGAUUUGAUAAAUAUUUUUGAGCUGAAUGGACUACCUUCCGAAGAUAAUCCAUAUCUUUUCAAUGGGGACUUCGUAGAUAGGGGCUCUUUUUCAGUCGAGGUCAUCCUCACUCUGUUUGCCUUUAAGUGCAUGUCUCCAUCAGCAAUAUAUCUUUCUCGAGGGAACCAUGAGAGUAAGAGCAUGAAUAAGAUAUAUGGUUUUGAGGGUGAGGUGAAAUCCAAAUUAAGCGAUACAUUCGUGGAGCUAUUUGCGGAGGUGUUCUGUUGCUUACCUUUGGCUCAUGUAAUAAAUGAGAAAGUUUUUGUAGUCCAUGGAGGUCUUUUCAGUGUUGAUGGCGUAAAGCUCUCUGACAUUAAAGCAGUUGAUCGUUUUUGUGAGCCUCCGGAAGAGGGGCUGAUGUGUGAAUUGUUGUGGAGUGAUCCACAACCCCAGCUUGGAAGGGGACCAAGCAAGCGUGGUGUUGGUCUUUCAUUUGGUGCUGAUGUAACAAAAAGAUUUUUGCAGGAUAACAACCUAGAUUUGGUAGUGCGGUCACAUGAGGUUAAGGAUGAAGGUUAUGAAAUUGAGCAUGACGGAAAACUAAUUACUGUGUUUUCUGCUCCAAACUACUGUGAUCAGAUGGGAAACAAAGGGGCAUUUAUUCGUUUUGAAGCCCCAGAUCUGAAACCCAACAUCGUUACAUUUUCUUCAGUGCCACACCCUGAUGUCAAACCCAUGGCGUACGCUAACAACUUCCUACGAAUGUUCUCAUGA